AUGGCACUAGCUGUCAAUGCCAACAUGUUUACAAAGCGACGCAUCUUUUAUUUUUUAUUAUCCAUGGCUAUAUCACAUUGUACAAUAUCGAUCAAAAGUUUUGAAAAGCUACGUGUUGCAACAGAGGAGGCGGAUCCGUCGUGCCGGUUGUUGAUUUCGCAGUUUCUCUCGCUUCUCUGUGACACUUUUCCGUGAAAAUCGUCUGUUAUCGUUCCUCGUGCGGUCGUCAUUAUGUUUAAUCAAUUGCAACCUUUUUCCAAAGUGUGGUCAGUCUCGCGAAUCCCGUUAGUGAAUAAUGCAUGAUAACGAAGGAAGGAGCAACGUCAAUCAUCGACAUAUCUGUGGCUGCACCACGUUACACUUUCUGUACUUGAGAUGAAACAUCCGAAGUAAAACAGAUGCAUUCGUACUUUGAGAGGAAAAGAAGGAAGAGGAGAGAGUGCAGCUAAAGCAGCUGAAUCUAUUUAAGCUUAAGUGAGAGAAAGAAAGAAAAGUGAUAAAUUGCAGAGUAUAGGAUGUACAAUUAAAGGAACAACCUCUUGUUGUACAGUCAUCUUACUCGCGGCACAAAGUAACAGGCAGUGCACGAGGUACAGCAAACCGCGACCACGCAAAUGUCAGAUGAUCUGCGGUGAAAAAGUAACGUAGGAAUGCGACCGGGUGCAUCCCGGUAACUUAAAUCUUCGCAGCAGUGAGAGACCGUACGCGCGGAUCGCUGAGAUUACUGUGAACCAUGGAAGGUCAACAGGUAAGAGCGCUGUACGACUUUGCAGGCGAAGCAGGGACAGCUGAGUUAUCAAUCACUGCCGGUGAGCUCUUAACUGUUAUACGAGACAAUGUGGGGGACGGCUGGUGUGAGGGCUUUAAUCAGACUGGACAAUCAGGAUUAUUCCCAGCAGCUUAUGUCCAAGUGGUUGAACAAGCUGCACCAUCCUCCAAUGCUAUGACAUCAUCCCAGCAAAGCUCUGGAGAUUAUUGGGAUGAUGACUGGGACGAUGAUUCCGAGGUUGGACAGACACAGGCUUACGUUCCGCCCAUGCAGCAGCAACAGUCGCAGAUUAUACAAUUGCCACAACAGAAUAACGCCGGUGACUAUGGUGAUCAAGUAUCCAUGCAUACUAUACAUUCUGUGAUACCAGAGAGGCCUAUACCCAAUGUACCAAAGAAAAACAAUAAGUUCUCCACGUUGAUCAAGUCGGGGGAGGAUAGUUUCCUACUGGGCAGAGUGGUCAAUGUACCUGAGAACGAAAAGAUCUUUAUAGAGGAAGGAGAUGGUGGCCGAUGCAUAUGGGUGGCGACCGGGGAAUCCUACAAUUGUGUCGUCACCUCUCCCAAAAAGGAAUCAAAACUGAAGGGUCUCAAAAGUUUCAUUGUUUACCAAUUAACUCCUACGUUUAAUAAUAUACAAGUCUCAAGAAGAUAUAAACAUUUUGAUUGGCUGCACGAGCGCUUAGAGGAGAAGUAUUGCUUCAUUCCGAUCCCACCUUUACCCGACAAGCAAAUAUCAGGCCGCUAUGAAGACGCGUUUAUCGAGCAUCGACGAACGCAGCUGCAAGAAUUCGUCGACUACGUCUGUCGGCAUCCUGUGCUGUCGCGCAGUCGUGUCUGGGAGCACUUUAUCACCUGUACGGACGAGAAGAGGUGGAAAGCGGGAAAACGGCAAGCGGAGAAGGACGAGCUCUUAGGCGUGAAUUACUUCAACGCGAUUCAAUGUUCGGACGCGCCGCUGGACGCUAUUAAGAUGGAAAUCCAGGCGGACAGCUUUGGUAGAUUUAUUAGCGGUUUAGAUCCAGUAGUGAAGAACUUUAUGGCUAUGGCGGUCGAUCAAGCGAAGAAGCAUCAAGUGCUGUAUAAAAGGGAAUUUCAAAAGAUCGGUCAGCUAUUCACGUCACUUGGCCACGCUCUGGAGGCAGACGAUAGCGGCCGCGGGAAGCUGAUGCGCGCUUUGAAGGCCACUGGUGACGCUUACAACGAUAUUGGCAAGCUAUACGAAGACCAGCCGAAGUUCGAUUGGGAGCCAUUAGCUGAUAAGUUCCAUAUUUAUCGUGGUAUUAUUAGCAAUUUCCCUGACGUCAUUAGCAUCCAUAAGAGUGCCGUGCAGAAGCGAAAGGAUUGCGAUCGACUGGUCAGUGAGCACAAAAUGGAACCGCAGCAAUUGCGCGAUCUGUCCCAUCGAACUGAUGUGAUAGCUCGCGCACUGAUCGCCGAGGAAACUCAUUUCCAGACAGAACGGGAAGUGCAUAUAAAUAAAGCCGUAAAGACGCAUCUCACGGAACAGAUUGCGUUUUACCAGAAAAUAGUCGACAAACUGCGAGAGGCGUCAAGUGCGUUUGACGAAUGAAACUCGUAAUUUGCCGCGAUUUGCCUAAUAUAAACCGGUCGCUUUACGGCCAGCGCUAGGAAAGAAGUAUUCUACGACCACGAUGACGAAUGUACCAACUGCGCAUUGAUUCAGUGAAAUGUGUACAUAUAUUAAAUACGCCGAUUAACUCUCGUAUCAUCAGUUGAUAUUAAGCAAUCUGAAUUAGACAAAAAUUGAUAUCAAAACGAUUGGAGGUCCAAUAUUUGUGAAGUGAUCGAGUGGUCGUGUAAAAAUUAAUAUAUGACUGGAAUUAAUGUAAGUACAUAAUGAUUAUUGACGUAUUACGAAAAAUUAUGAUUUACUUCGAGAUUAAUUUUAAUCUCCUGUCCGUUAAUUUUUGAAAUUAAUCUAUUCAUUAUGUAAAGUUCGCUCUUUCCAAUGGUUCCUCAUGAUAUUUUCAUGGGGAUUGUAUCUCAUUACCAUUGAUAUUAUCAUGUAUAUACAUUUUGAAUUUUUACACAAUUUCUAUGCGCUCGAUUUUAUUGCAAAUAUCAAUCGCAAUAUAUG